AUGCAUAGACUCAGAUAUGACUGGAGAACUUUAAGGAAUGAAGGUUGGCUUUAUGGAGUCAAUAAAGCCCCUUGGAAAUAUUGGCUUGAUACCUUGCUUAUAGAGUUCCCAGAGCCUUACCAGGUAACAGGCCAGGAGAGAGACGUAGACAUGCUGAAGGAGCUCCAGCUCUUCCUGUUGGGCAUCCUGCUGCUUGUCUGUGUCUUCUUCUACCAGCUCGACGUCAAGUCCAGCUGCCUCUUCUCCUGCCUUCCUCCCCAGAAGUCCCAGCAGGACCUGGGAGCCCUCCUGGGCCAUGGGCGUGGCAUUGUGUUCAUAGAGACCUCGGAGAGAAUGGAGCCAACUCCACUGGUCUCUUGUGCUGUGGAGUCUGCUGCCAAGAUUUACCCUGGGCACCCUGUGGUGUUCUUCAUGAAGGGUCUCUACGACACCACAUGGCUACCCUCAAACUCCACUUACCCAGGCUUUUCCCUCCUCUCAGCAAUAGACAAUGUUUUCUUCUUCCCUUUGGAUAUGAAAAGGCUGUUUGAAGACACACCAUUGCUUUCAUGGUACAUUCGCAUCAAUGCCAGUGUGGAGAGCAACUGGCUCCACGUCAGUUCUGAUGCGUCCCGCCUGGCCAUCAUCUGGAAGUAUGGCGGCAUCUACAUGGACACCGAUGUCAUCUCCAUCAGACCCAUCCCCGAGGAGAACUUUCUGGCUGCACAGUCUUCUCGGUACUCUAGUAACGGGGUGUUUGGCUUCCUCCCCCACCACCCCUUCCUGUGGGAGUGCAUGGAAAACUUUGUUGAACACUACAAUUCAGAAAUCUGGGGCAACCAGGGUCCCAGUUUGAUGACGAGGAUGUUGAGGCUGUGGUGCAGACUUGGAGACUUCCAGGAGGUGAGUGACCUCAGGUGUUUGAACUUGUCCUUUCUACACCCCCAAAGAUUUUACCCCAUAUCCUAUCCGGAGUGGAGGCGCUACUAUGAAGUCUGGGACAAAGACCUGAGCUUCAAUGACUCAUACGCCCUGCAUCUGUGGAACUACAUGAACAAGGAAGGGAGGACUGUGGUCAGAGGAAGCAACACGCUGGUGGAGAACCUCUGCCGUAAGCACUGUCCCAGGACUUACAGGGACCUGAUUCAAGGCCCAGAGGGCUCGGGGACUGGGACUCUGAGUGCAGGUAACAAAUAG